AACUGGGAUGGCAGACACUGGUGCCACCAUGUGGAUUUGUAUCUAAGCCAACAAAAUUAGAUGAUAUUCAGAAGAUGACAUCUCCGAAACUUCCAGUCCAUAGAGAUGGUGGAGAGUAUGCAUAUUGUCUCAUAAGAAGCAGGGAGGACCCUAAAGCACCAUAUAAUCCUUAUGAUCUUCAAGUAGUAUCUGCAAAUUCAGCUAGACAGAGUAAAGAAUAUUGGACAAUUACAGCUUCAUAUGUGUCCAAGUUUACCUCAGUACUCGGAAUAGAAGAAAUGGAAAUAACACCUGUAAUUGAAUGGUUAUAUGAAAGGCAACUUUAUUAUGCAUUAUGCAAAUUCAGUAUCUAUAUUAAUUUCAGAAGAGUGAUGUAUGAACAGCUAUUUUUUGCCGAUGAGACAUUUCAAAGCUGCUUGCUUUAUAUCCAAGGAUUGUGCAACGAUGCAUCUAACACCAAAACUUAUAAAUCUGUUGAAGUCAAAGCAAUUCAUUUUAUUAAGAUAGACACAAAUCACACAUAUACGUUGGAUGAAUUUUGUGAGAAACAGUAUCAACAAAGCAAACAAGCACUCCAUCAGCUUCAGAAAUUUAAAGAGAAAGUAGCAGAAAUGAAGGGAGCAGGAAGGCUUUUUCAUCAUUCUCAAGAUGAUGUUGCAGAGAAACCAAAAUAUUUUGAGAUAGCUGAAUGGCGACAUGUGAUAGAUCAAUUUUGUAGGUUUCUUCAGCUUGUGGACCGAAUCUUCCAAGAAUUACUCCGGAAACUUGUACACAAUGCUUUAGAUCUCCUUUUGGACAUAUUUAAAGGUUCUAACAGUGUGACAAUUUCAAAAGAGAAGAAGAAUGAAGAUCUUAUAAGUAACUUUCUUAGCGUCAUCAUCCUCAGUAGACUCACCCGGCGACGCCGAGCUGGGGGAUGCCCUGGAAGAGCGGGGACGCCCCGGCGACCGCUAAGCCUCGUCCUGCCCUCAGCGCCCCGAGGGGCCGGCCAGACGCAUCCACCGAUGUGGGCAGCGCUAACCGGAGGCGAAAGUUGCAGCACAUCCGUUGCUCCUUCGAGGCCCCCUCUGGCGCCAUACCCGGCCUCCGCCGGCGUGAUGGGCUCAGGAACCCCCAGCGAGGUGGGGCCCGAGCUUCCGCUGACAUCCGCCGAGGACUUGAGAAAAGAUGCAACAGGGUAUCCGCCAGGUUGGGAGCAUUUUGCUGGCAUCUACGCGAUGUCAUCCUGGACUCUGGGCGAUGAGACAUUUUGCUCAGUGUUUCUUUUUUUCCUUUCAAUUGUAGAUCCACGGUCCAGUUCUGCAUUGUUCAAUGAAGAGCUGAGAUACAAUGCAAGUUCUUCAACAUUCACAACAGAUCUGUAUGUAGAGCCUAAUAGAAAUGAGUUUUCAUCACAAUUACAAGGAAUUGUGGAUGGAUUUGAAAACAUCAUUGAUCAGGUCACACCAUUUUUUCAAGAAGCUGAGCUGUCAAGUUUUGUCAGUCAAUCUUCACAUAAAGUGAUGUAUCCAUAUAAGGAUCACAUUGAUUCUGAACAGUAUUUAACAUCAUGGCCCAAUUGUGAUCUAAUUCUGGGAACGGAUCCAGACUACCACAAAAAAAUUCUGACCCUUUUAUCUAUUCAAAAUAGUUGCUUGGUCCAAGUAGAAUGUUACAGCAGAAACUUUAUGAACUACUGUGAAAUGGUGGAUAAAGCAAAAUAUAUAACUGACAAGAUAAUAGCACGGAAAAGAGAGCUAUCUACACACGAUUUUAGAUACAUGUUGCAAAAUUAUACAAUUGAUACUAUGGAAAUUGCUCUGCUUAAUAUUAUUCAUUCAUGCUUUUAUGCAGUUAUUGAAGCAAAGAACAUACAUCUUGUGGAAGUCAUCCAGACCGCAGUAACAAAACUGAGCAAAGAUCUUACAUCAGUGGAUGGAUUCGUUGAUUAUUUACUAAGUCUCCAAGAAAUUGAAUCACAACUACCCACACUAAAGGCAGACUGUCAUAAUCUGUCUGAAUUCUACUUUAUUUCAAAAGACUAUGACAUCUUUCUUCCACUUCAACAACUUGCUCUGUAUCAGACUGCAGUGCGUUCUCUUCAGUAUCUUCAAUCAGUUGUCAUCAUUUGUGAAAAAAAUAAGGAUGAAUAUGUUAUAAAGUUUAAUGAAGAUUUGGGAAAAUAUAUUGAUAAUGUGCAGACUGAAAUCAGAGAAUUAAAAAACAAGGUGAGAAACCCUGUUCUUCUUCUCAGUGAAACAUGGGUCAAGACAGCAAAAGAGAUGAUCCAAAGCCUCAUCGCAGAAGAUGAAGCUAUUCGUGAAAAAAUUGUAAAUUAUGCACAUUACCGAGAAAUUUUUGACUUUUCUAUUGCUGACAUGAAAUCAGUGUCACUGGAGAAGCUUUCACAACAAAAUCAAUCUGGAGAUACUCAAAGGGUGAAUGCUGAACUGUCUGAAAUUGAGGGUGAACUGGGAUUACGCCAGUUGUUAUGGAAUUCACAGGAAGAAUGGACUAAGCUUUUCUUUAAGUGGAAAAACACUAUUUUUUGGAAUCUUGAUGUAGACUUUAUUCAAAAAGAAGUUAACAGAUUCAUUCACAUUAUACAUAUUUUAGAAAAAGGCUUGCCUGAAAAUACCGUUUUACCUGCUCUGAAGACAUCAUUGUUGGUUUUUAAAGAAUUCUUGCCUGUUAUCAUGUCUUUAAGGAAUCCCUGCCUUCAGCCUAGGCAUUGGGAAAUCAUAAAGAAUUUUAUUGAAGAGUCAGUUACUUGGGAUAAAAAAACAACCCUGGAUAAAAUCCUGGAACUUAAUUUACUUCAAUACAGGAGAGAAAUAAAUGAAGUUUCUAUAAUGGCUACCAAUGAAAUAACCCUUGAAGUAAUGCUGAAAAAGAUCAUUGUCCUUUGGUCCAAAACUGAUCUUCAUUUGUCUCCAUAUCACUCCGAAACAUCUACUACUGUAAUUAUUUCAUCUGCUGAAGAUAUACUGGCUCUAUUAGACGAUUCUCAAGUGACAAUUUCAACAAUCAAAGGCUCUUCCUUUGUUGAACCAAUUAAGAGACUUGUGGAUGCCUGGGAUCAUAAACUGAAUAUAUUUUCGACCACCAUGGUGGAAUGGUUGACUUGUCAAAGGAACUGGAUUUACCUUGAGCCAAUCUUUCAUGCUGCAGAAAUAAAAAGGCAGCUUCCAGUAGAGGCUAAUCUUUUUUCUCAAGUGGAUAACAAAUGGAAAGAGAUAAUGAAACGUACAGAAGAAAAACCAAAUGCUCUUAGAGCAGCUACAGCUGCAGGAGUUUUUGAAAUGAUGCAGACCAACAAUGCUCAGCUGGAGAAAAUACAGAAAUCUCUUGAGGGUUAUCUUGAAGUUAAACGUAUGGUUUUCCCAAGAUUUUAUUUUCUCAGCAAUGCUGAACUUCUUGAAAUAUUAGCUGAACGAAAAUCCUCUGAUGCAGUACAGCCUCAUCUUGUGAAAUGCUUUGCUAAUAUAAAGAAAUUAUGUGUUCGUGUUCAAGAACAGAGACCUCCAGUGGUUUUAAUGAUCAAGUCUGCAGAAGGGGAAAUUCUUCUACUUCCAAAAGCUAUUCGUAUUAGAGGUCCUGUUGAACAGUGGCUAGGAAAUGUUGAAAGUACCAUGUGUGAUAUGAUAAAAAGAUUUAUAGCUGUUGGAAUUACAGAAUGGAGUCAAAUGGAAUUAAAAGAAUGGUUUUUUACUCAUCCAGGACAGGUGAUUCUACUUGUGAGUCAAAUAAUGUUUACUAACGAUUGUGAAACGAAUUUUCAAACUUCUGAUCCAAAGAAGGAGAUGAUAGCAAGCCGUGAUGAAGUAAUCUACAUUCUAGAUCAAUUUACAGAGAUAGCAUCAGAAAUUCUUCCCUUUCACAAGCAAACCACAUUGGAGGCUCUGGUUACUUUGUACAUCCAUUUCAGGGAUAUACUAACUACAAUGAUACAGCAUAAAGUCUUUAAAAGUGAAGAUUUUGAAUGGAAAAGGCAGUUACGUUAUGAAUGGCAUGAACUUAGCCCUUGUAGAGUUAUUCAAGGUUAUGCAUCCUUUGAUUAUGAUUAUGAAUAUUUGGGCUGCUCUUCGCGAUUGGUUAUUACCCCUCUCACAGAUAGAUGCUGGUUAACCCUAACUGGAGCUCUACAGUUGAAUCUGGGAGGCUGUCCUGCUGGUCCAGCUGGUACAGGAAAAACAGAAACUAUCAAAGACCUAUCAAAAGCCCUGGGAAAACUCUGUCUCGUUUUUAACUGUUCUGAAGCAUUGGAUGAUAAGGUGAUGGGGAAAUUUUUCUGUGGAUUGGUGCAGUCUGGUGUAUGGUGUUGUUUUGAUGAAUUCAAUCGGAUUGAUGUAGAAGUUCUUUCUGCUAUUGCAUCACAGAUUCAAGCAAUCAAGGCAGCCAAAGAUAGCCUUUCUGUCAGAUUUGUUCUGGAAGGCAAGGAAAUGCGUCUAAAACCAUUCUGUGGAAUCUUUAUUACCUUGAAUCCAGGAUACAAAGGUCGGGUGGAACUCCCAGACAAUUUAAAGUCAUUAUUUCGACCUGUAUCAAUGAUGGUACCGGAUUAUAAACUCAUUGCUGAAAUAAUGUUGUUUUCAGAAGGUUUCAGAUCUGCAAAAUCACUCUCUGGGAAGAUAGUAAAUCUUUACCAGCUUUGUAGCAAGCAAUUGUCUCAACAGGAUCAUUAUGAUUUUGGCAUGAGAGCAAUAAAAGCAGCUUUAAUAAGGGUUGGUCAGAAGAUACAGGAGCUAAAAACACAAAACAGUAAUACAAGGUUUUCAGAGGUAGAAGAAACUCGUAUUAUGAUCAGUGUGCUGAAAGAAACUAUUUUACCAAAAUUCCUUGUUGAAGAUGUUUCACUAUUUGAGGACAUUUUGACAGAUCUAUUUCCAGGAAUGAAGAUUCCAAAAGUAAAUCCAUUGCAACUAGAGAAGGCAAUAUCUGUUGCAAUACAACAAUUAUGUUUGCAACCCUGGGCAAGUCAGAUAGAGAAGGUUGUGCAGUUUUACAACCAAAUUAUGGCUCAUGUUGGUGUGAUGCUAGUAGGACCUACAGGUGGAGGGAAGACUACUAUUAGAACGAUUUUGGGAAGAGCCUUGAUAAUCUUACUAUUACUAGAUUUUGAAAGUCUUACAAAACUGGAUCCUAUUUUACAGAAUAUUAUAAAGAAAGGCAAAGUAGACACUUUUGUUAUAAACCCAAAGUGUGUCAGUCUUGGUGAACUUUUUGGACAGAUAGAUCCUAACACACAGGAGUGGUCAGAUGGUCUUUUAGCAUCCGCAGUACGAUCAUUUGCCAAACUUUCUGCCAAAAAACCUAAGAAGAAAGACCAAAGCAGCAUUGGAAAAUCUGGAAUCCACCCCUUGUACACUAACCUAAUAUGUGGUGAAUUUGACAGAAGUGACAAAGCUUGUGGAUUUAUCCUGGAUGGUCCAGUAGACACAUUGUGGGUAGAAAACUUGAAUUCUGCAUUAAGAUGACUCUCCUAGAGACAUUUGUGCCUUGCUAACAGUGAGCAGAUCUAUUUACCACCAGGAAUGAGAAUGAUAUUUGAAGUGGACAGCAGCCUCUCUCAAGAAGCUAGCCCUGCAACUAUUAGUAGAUGUGCCAUGGUUUAUGUACAUGAAAUGGAUCCAGUCGAUCUAGGAUGGGAGCCAUAUAUGUCAAGGACAUGGUUGAAAAAACAUUUCUGCAGGUUUUCAGAAAGCUGUGUUGUCCCCAUUCCCCUCACAGAAGCUCAGAUGAAGAGCUUUGCAAGCAGACCUCCCUACCUUGCUGCACAGUUCCAGCCAAGAAUAUCGAAGCCAGCUUUCCCGCACACCCAGGAGGGAUUUGGCAGCUCGGCUGCGGAGGGACCAGAGUCAGGCAGGGCAAAACCAUCGCCUUCCAUGGAGGCUCCAGCAGAAGGACCUCCCGUAGAAGAAAGCAGCAGCGAGCAGGGCCGGGGACCGUGCCGAGCAGCGGCCGCCACCGGACCUGCAACGGAUGGGAGCUUGGCCUUCGAGGCGCCAGCCGUUAAGCCAGCCCGGCUCCAACACGGUUCCUCCUACCCAUGCCGAGUUAGGAGUCCCGGUGCUCCCCGGCCAAGAAGGAACCUGCAAGCCCCCAGUCCAGGCAACAGCCUCGAUACGACGACAAGGCAAGAGCGGAGGCCAGGGGGGGGAGGGUGGAAGUCCCACAGGCUGAAUUCUCAGCCAACAGCAGUGGCCCAGCGGCAGUGGCUGGCCUGGCAUAGCAGCACCGCCAGAAGGAUUGUGGCGCUUUUGGCCGAACAAAUAGACCAGGCCCUGGGAGGCCAGGGGAGGCAGCCGCCCGGCACAAGAGCAGCCCGCAGUAAAAGCAGCAGCCACGACCAGCCAAAGAGAGAGGCGAGGAGGGAAAGUGGCAGUACAGGAAUCCCGUGUGGCAUUGUCCAGUGUGGCAUUAAGAUGACUCAAACUAGUGAAUCCUUGCUGUGUCUUCUCAGCCUUGAUAUCCAGUUUCCAGGAGAAGACAGAACUGUUUUUGAUUACUUUGUAGAUCUGCAAACAGGAAAGUUUGUAUCAUGGGGAGAAUUAGUUCCUUCUACACAAUAUCUUAUUCAGCAGGAUCUGAACCCAACAAAAGGAAUGCCUGAUCCAGAUAACCCAUGUUCAGAACAAACAAAAGAUGCUAUAGUUACCAUACUACAACUUAAUGCACAUACCAGUGCUGCCCAAGCACAGGCUUUGAUUCUUCAGAAACUAGUACUGAAAAACAAAGACGUCCUUGGUGCGCCACAAUCAAAACGGGUGUUAAUAUUUAUUGAUGAUCUGCAUGUGCCGAUACCAGAGAAAUAUGGGUCCCAGCCACCACUUGAGCUGAUACGACAGUUUCUGGAUUUGGGAGAAUUUUAUGACACACAUCAGCUUGUGUGGAAGCAUGUUCAGGAUGUGGCAUUGGUUGCAUCUUGUGCACCUUCAAGUGAAGGAACAAAACAGAUCAGCCCUCGUCUUCUGUCACAUUUUUGCAUAUUAACAUUACCUGCAACUUCCUUACAAUCUUUGCAGCGUAUUUUCCAGGUACAACUGGGAACAUACUUUUAUAACAAACGGUUCUCGGUAGAAGUUCAGAAGUGCACUGACUUUUUAACAUGUUCCUCUAUUGCUCUGUACUACAAAAUGUCUUGGUCGAUGCUUCCAACUCCCACCAAAUGCCAUUACACAUUUAACCUGCGAGACCUUUUCAAGGUACUUCAAGGAUUGCUGCUAGCCCACAAGACUGUCAUUGUAUCAAAAGAAACUGCAGCAUUACUCCUUGUGCAUGAAUCAGCCCGGGUUUUCCAUGAUCGUCUCACUGAACCUACAGAACGAGAGAUUUUUUAUCAGUUUCUUUCUACUGAGAUUCAUAACUAUUUUAAAAUAUUUUGGUCAAGGGAGAAAUUGAUGGAAGAUUCGCCUAUGUUUGUGAGUUUUUUAGAUGCAAACAAACCUGUGGAAAACAGAAUCUAUAAACAUGUUACUAACCAUAAGUGGCUUCUGUUGGUACUGGAAGAACAACACAAUAAAAUUCAGAAAAUGUAUUCUGAGGUUGGUCUGGAUGGAACUGGGAAAUCAAUCUGUGCAUCCUUAGCCUGUCACUUAUCCUUAUGUAGCCUGUUCAAGUUAUCUAUUUUUCAUACUUACAAUCAUGUCAACUUUAGAGAUGACCUUAAAAAAGUCUAUAAGCAGGCGGGCCUGGAAGGCAAGAGGACUGUUCUUCUCAUCAAUGAGUCAGACAUAAUUCAAUUGUCAUUUUUAGAAGACUUGAGUUGUAUUCUACACUCAGGACAAGUGCCUGAAUUAUUUCAGAAGGAGGAGUUGGAUAAAAUUAUUGUUACCCUUACACCUGUUGCUGAAAAAGCUAACUGCUCCAACAGUGUAGAAGAUAUCUACUCAUUAUUUUUGCAGAGAGUACAUAGCAAUCUCCAUGUAGUUUUUAUAAGUUCCGCAGGACAGACAUUCCGUCAAUACUGCCGUGCAUACCCUGCCAUUGUUAAUUGCUGUACAGUUGACUGGUAUGAAAACUGGCCUGAAGAAGCCUUCUGCCAUGUUGCAAAAACCUAUUUUACUGAUGGUUGCACAUUUCAAGAUGAGGUAAAUUUAAGAAACUUGCUUGUUCCUGUGUGUGUAAACAUCCACAAAAAUGUUUCUAUCAUAAUUGAGAAUUAUUUGAAGGAAACUAAAAGGCACUACUAUAUCACCCCAAACACUUACUUGGAGUUCAUAAAAACAUUUGCAACCAUAUUUCAAUCAACAGAAGAGAAAAUUCUGAAUGACAGAGUUUGCUAUUAUUCUGGUCUGACCAAAAUAUUAGAAGCCACCUCACAGAUUACGGAAAUGCAAGAGGAGUUGCUUGUCCUUGGUCCUCAAAUAGAUAAAAAAUCAAAGGAAAUAGAAGAACUUGUAGAAAAGCUUCACAGAGAUUCAUUAGUUGUAGAACAAGUUCGAACUCUAGUUAAACAGGAUGAAGAACUCAUGGCUGCAGAAAUACACAUUGUGGAAGAAUAUGCUCAGCAAUUGAAAGAGGAGUUCAGUGCUGUGUUACCAUCUCUGGAGAAAGCUAAUGCUGCUCUUGAUGCACUUGACAAAAGUCACAUUGCUGAAAUUAGAGUGUAUACUCACCCUCCUCCACUUGUACUAACUGUUAUGAAUGCAGUGUGUGUUCUUCUUCAAAAGAAACCUACUUGGGCAUCAGCAAAAUUACUCCUUGCAGACCCGGGAUUUCUCAAGAAGUUGACUACUCUUGAUAAAGAUAAUUUGCCAGAAAAGGUGUUUCGACAGCUGAAAAAAUACAUGAAGUCUCCUGACUUUAGCCCAGCAAAAGUGGGACUUGUGUCUGUUGCCUGUUGCUCUAUCUGUCAAUGGAUUUUAGCUUUAGAUAAUUACCAUAUAGUAAAAAAGUUCGUAGACCCAAAACAAGCCAAGGUGACAGAAGCAGAGGAAGCAUUAAAGCGUGCACAUGAAAAACUGGCUGAAAAACAAAGAGGUUUAGUCCUGAUUGAACAACAUCAGCAAAAUUUAGAAGCAAGAUUUGAACAAAGUAUUGCUGAACAAGAAAUGCUAGCAACUCGAAAAGAUCAAACAACACAACGUUUAAAAAGUGCAUCUAUACUAAGCAUAGCUCUGAAGGAUGAGACGGAACGCUGGAAAGAACUGGUUAAUAGCAUGGAUCAAAGACUGCAAGGAACUGUGGGUGAUGCUGUUAUUUCAGCUGCAUGUAUUGUCUACAGUGGAGUGUUAAUAAGAGAGUAUCGUCAGCAGCUAGUGAAUGUGUGUCUGAAACUCUGUAAUGAAGGCAAUAUUCCUGUAUCUUCAAGUUAUUCACUAGUAAACUGCAUGACAGAAAAAAUUGAGGUCCGUCAGUGGCAAAAUGAAGGUUUACCCCUUGACCAAUUUUCCACGGAAAAUGCUAUUCUUAUUAAACAUGGACAACGAUGGCCUUUACUAAUUGAUCCAGAAAGACAGGCUUACAGAUGGAUAAGUCAAAUGGCAAGAGGCUGUUUACGACAAAUUAAUGCUACAGAUUCCACUUACUUAAGAACACUUGAAAAUUCUAUACGUAUUGGUGAAUCAGUCCUUCUAGAGGGUAUUACUGAAACAUUGGAUUCAAAUAUGAAAUCAAUCCUAAGCAAGGACAUCUACAUAAAAGGAGGGCAAAAAUUUAUCAAGAUAGGAGAGCAUGAAGUUGAGUACAAUGCAAACUUUAGACUAUGCAUGACAACCGAGAAAGCUAACCCUAAUUUUCCACCAACAAUAUGCAAAAUGGUGACAAUGAUAAAUUUCACCAUAACAUUCCAAGGUUUGCAAGAUCAGCUUUUGUCUGCGGUUGUUAUUCAUGAAAAACCAGAGCUUGAACAACAGCGUUGUGAGUUGUUAGAAAAUAUAUCGGCUGACCUAGUUACCCUUCGGAAACUUGAACAAGAAUCACUUAGACUUCUACAAAAAACAGAUGGACAUAUUUUAGAUGACCAGGACCUCAUUAACAAUUUACAAAGAACAAAAAUCACUUCAACAGAAAUAUCUGAACGAGUUGAAGAAUCAGCCAGAACAGAAAAUAUGAUAGAAAAAAUACGUAAAAACUAUAUUCCUAUUGCAACUCGAGGUGCUGUACUAUACUUUAUGAUAUCAGAUCUUGUCCACAUAAAUUAUAUGUAUCAGUUUUCAUUGGUGUGGUUUCAUAAGAUCUUUGUAGAUUCCAUGGAUUAUACUAGGAAACUGAAAAGUCAUAUUUCUUUGAGUGAGUCACAUAUUCCUGUGACUGGAACAGUUCGAGCCCUCUAUAUGCAAAGAAGGCAUUCCACCACAGAACAAUGGGAAGAAUGUGAGACAGAUAGCUUCAACAGACAUGUUAAUAAUAUACUUGACAAGUUAACAAGUAAUGUUUAUGAGACAGUUUCUUCAGCUCUUUUUAGUGAACAUCAACUAUGUUUUUCUUUCUUGCUGUGUGCCACAAUCAUGAAAAAUAAUUGUGGUGAAAAUCAAUUUAGUAACAACUUUGGCUUCAUACCAGAGAAUCAGUGGAACUUCUUUCUCUACUCUAGCAUGAUGGCAAAUAUUAAGGAUGCAGAAGACCCUGGAAAUAAUGGUUCUUUUGAAUUUCUGGAAAGUCCUCUUUUUUGGAUUACAGAACUUAUGUGGAAAGAAUGCCAGUACAUGAACGCUCAUAUACCGACUUUCAGCCUGUUGUGUAAUUCUCUUUUAUCAAAUUCUCACCAAUGGGAAGCUUUUCUUAGUAGUCAGAAUGUGUAUCGUUUCCUUAGUGAAUGUUAUAGCCCAAUUUUUUCAGCAAAGCAAGGUGAAAAUUAUGAUCAGGAUCAUGCAUCUUCACAUUUUCCUUGGGAGAAUCUUUCUUUAUUUGAAAGACUUAUCUUGAUAAAAGUUCUCCGACCAGAAUGCUUAAGUGCUGCAGUAAGAGAAUUUGUAUUUGAGAAACUAGGCUCCAAAUAUCUUCAGGCUGGAGGUAUUAAUCUGAAAAAAAUGUAUGAAGAAUCCAGCUGUACAACACCACUAAUUCUUAUCCAUACUCAAGGAGUGGAUGCCGCAGCUCUCCUUUUACGCCUUGGUCAGGAAAUAAAAGGAAAUACUCAACAUGUAAAAAUGAUAUCUUUGGGUCGUGGUCAAGAAAGCAAAGCUGAAGAAUUGAUAUAUAAGGCACAGAUGCUUAGUGGACAGUGGGCAUUUCUUCAGAAUUGUCAUCUUGCAACAUCAUUUAUGCCCAGGCUUUGCAAAAUUGUUGAUUUGUUUACCAAAACAAGUACAAACAUAAACCCUCAGUUUAGAUUAUGGUUAAGUUCAACACCAUAUUGUUCUUUUCCUGAGUCUAUCUUGCGGAAUGGCAUUAAGAUAGUCAUUGAAUCCCCACAAGGACUGAAAGGAAAAUUACUUCAGACAUUUGGGAUAAGUGGUACUGGAGAGGUGACAGAAGAUAUAUUCAACAAGCCUAUCUGUGGGCCAUCAUGGAAAAGGCUUUUGUUUAGUCUGUGUUUUUUCAAUGCUGUAAUCCAGGAAAGAAAGAAAUAUGGAGCUUUGGGCUGGAAUAUUCCAUAUGAGUUUAGUUUUUCAGAUCUGGAGGUUUCUAUCCAGAUGCUAGAGAUUCUUCUUGGGAAGCAACAAGAUGUUCCUUGGACAGCACUCUGUUAUUUAACUGGAGAAGUCGUGUAUGGAGGUCGUGUAACUGAUGACUGGGACCGUCGAUGCUUGCUUAGCAUCCUGGAAAAAAUUUGUAAUCCUUCUUUGUUGGAAGAGGAUUUUGCUUAUACUAGAGACAAUGUAUACAGGCCUAUCUCUGAAGCGGAUACUUUAAAAGACUGUAGAGCAUAUCUACAAACUCUCCCAGAGGCUGAUGCUUCAGAACUGUUUGGAAUGCAUCCAUGUGCUGAAAGAGCAUUCUUAAAAUCUCAAGCACAGAUGUUUGUUGAUGCAAUUGCCAGUACAGAGCCAAAGAGCCUCACAGCUGCCUUUAUAACCAGUGUUGCAAAGACCCAGGAUGAAAUAGUAAUGGACUUGGUAUCUGACAUUCUGACACGAUUACCACUGACUGUAGAAGAUAUAGGACUGACAACUGAAACUAAAACAACUCUUGGUCGCUUUAUGUCAGGCCCUAUAUGGGCUGCUCUUGUGAAUGCUGCUAAAGGUCCUGGUUCUUUUAUCAGUACCCCUUUGAUAACUGUCUUGCGUCAGGAGAUUGACCAAUUUAAUCAUUUAUUGUCCUUAAUAAUUCAGUCAUUACGAGCACUUCAACAAGGUACGCAAGGCAAGAUUAUGUUCACCACAGAAGUAGAACAGCUUUAUAAUUCAGUACUAAAAGGCAAAGUGCCAGACCUGUGGCAGCAACAUUCUUAUGUGUCAUGUAAACCUCUGGGAUCCUGGAUUGAUGACCUCAUUCUGCGAUUGAAUUUCUUUGCUAUGUGGGCAAAUCAAGUAAUCACCUGUAUGCAGGCAAGACAUAAACGUUUAGUGAUGCUUCAGAGGCCAACAAGAACACCGCUUAAGCCUGAUGAAUAUCCUGACACCUUUAGUGACAGCAAUCAGGGACAUCCCAGUCGUUUUUGGUUGCCAGGUUUCUUUUUCCCACAAGGAUUUCUUACUGCUGUUCUUCAGAAUUAUGCUAGGCUGAAUGGAAUAGCAGUAGAUUCCCUUACUUUUGUGCAUAAAGUUCUUCCAUUUACUCAGAAUAAAGAACAGGAUCUUAGAGGUGGCAAGAGAAAUGAAUAUAUAUUACACAAAGCUUUUCAGGAAUCUUCUGCACCAAAAAGAGGGGUUAUAAUUUUUGGAUUAUAUAUUGAUGGUGCAUGCUGGAGUCCCACUGCGGAAGCACUGGAAGACCCUGACCUGCACACAAGAUUUUACCCACUACCAGACAUACUUUUUUUACCACAACAGAUUGACUCGCGUCCAAGUUCUUCUUACCGAGAGGAUGAAACGUUUCUACAUUAUGAAUGUCCAUUAUACAGGACACCUCAAAGAUCUGGAAUACUGUCCACUACAGGCAUAUCAUCUAAUUUUGUAACCUCCGUCAAUCUACCAACUCGGCUAACUCCCAACCACUGGAUAACAAGAGGUGUAGCACUGCUGUGCCAGUCAGAUGACUGAGGAAUGUAAAAGAAAACAC